GUUUACCCUGAACAUAGUUACGCAGCGGUGUUACGAAAAUGCUUUUAUCGCUUAUAUUUGUACUUAAUAUUCCAACCGGAAGAGCGGUUACAAGCAAGUUGCGGAUUAAGAAUCUAACAGCAUUUAUCAGUUGGUGGAAUUAGCGCAGUACGUUUCGCUGAUGAGACUAGUAUUUAUAAGGAAGGAAAUGACGGCGUCUUAGAAGUUCUUUACAAUGGCUCAUGGGGAAGUAUAUGCACAUACGGCUUUGACGAGCUAGCUGCAUCGACAGCCUGUUUCAUGAUGGGAUAUCAACCCCGAGGAGUGCCGAUUCUUAAUAGCGAGAGGCGCAGCACUUUACCUAUAUUGCUCUCAAACUUUAAUUGUACAGGUCGACUAAAGCUAUCCAGCACAAACCUAAGCACCGCAACUGUUCACCUUGGAGUGUGUUCCUUCACUGAUGAUAUCCCACCAGACUGCAUCAAAGAGCAACGGCAAACAGCUGUACUAUGCCUUGGAGCAAAGAUUGAAGAGACAACAUCAAGUGGCCCACCGAACUUUGCUACAAUUGCGCCGGUUGACUGUUCCAACCCAACUAAUCCGAUCAUUCGAUUAGUCGGAGGGAAUGAUCGUGCUGGCUUGGUCGAAAUACAGCAUCCCCAAUCUGGUGAAUGGGGAACUAUUUGCGCAGAUGGUGCGGAUAUUAACACUGCAAGAACAUUGUGUCGAAUGCUCUGUACCAGUGCUGACAAUUUGAAGUACGCUUACCCGGUGUUAUAUAGCUAUGGUCAAGUGCCUGAUUCCGUUCCGAUACAUUUGGCUCGAAUAACUUGUCCUGCAGAUGCGGCCGAUGUGAACGAGUGCGAUUUGGGUGGUGGAUGGGGUGCAGUUGGAUCGUGUGUACAUGCCAUGGACUUGGGUCUACAAUGCGGUCCGCCUGACCCAGCACUACCACAGAGUCCGUACAAGCCUGAACUUACUUGCAACCACACCCACGCUACCGUGCGAUACAAUUUAACCCUGAACCCGGAUUUGAAUUCUAGCAUGGUUAAGCUUGUCGGUGAAGUCCCCUCAAAUUGUCAAUUUAAAGUGGACGAGUUCAGCACAUACUUGGAAGCAAUUAUCCCACUGGAAGGCUGUGGAGGAAGCCUAUCAAUGAGCAAUGAGUCAAAUAUGGCCAUCAAAUUGCAUUUGGUUCGAGAGCGAUUCGCACCGCUCAACGGUAUUAUUACCAGCCUCCCAGUUCAAUUCAACGUGACUUGCCUGAUUCCACGAAACCGACAAAUUCACUCCGUCCCUUUAAUGUCUCCGCACAUGGUCUCCAACUUGGUUGGCGGAAGCCAAGAAAUGCAAGCAUCGCUCAAGUUGUAUCGGGACACAAGCUUCUCAAUCGCACUACCAAAGGAGCAUACCGUUCGUCCCGGGGAAAAGGUAUUCGCUUUGGUGACGCUUUCCAACCCGCAACCCUCCACCAAGUUAGUACUGCAAGAUUGCUGGGCCACCAGAACGCCUGAUCCCCAGUCAACACCACGCCAGGAUCUCAUCAUAAAUCGAUGCAAAGCUUACGCUGAUCUAGAGGUUCACCCGAUAUCCAGAACCGCAGUGGGUUUCAGCUUCUCUGCUUUCUACCUCGGUACGGCUGGUUCCCUGGUUCCCCUGUCCACCAAUUUGUCCCUCCACUGUGACACACGUGUAUGUCACACAAGUGAGACCACUCGAUAUUGCCAGCAGUUCUGUGGUUCAUCGUCCCAUGCUGCGACUACGAAAUUUAUCCAACGUCUUCGUCGUAGCAUCGGAUCAAGACGAACCAUCAGCAGUAUGACGCACUCCCCAGCAGAUCCACCGAUUAUGGUCAGUGAGGGUAGCAUCCAAAUACAGCAUUUCUGAGCUGCAAAUCUGGAGGCGGUGCGAAAAAGCGUAGGCUGUUCUUGGGAUCUGUUUUGUCCAUCCGGAAAGCAGAAUCUUUCCACGGGAAUCUAUGAUGUGAAAUCUUUGUUAAAUUACAGCAGUGCAGCCGAAUUUAUGACUGCGUGUUAUUCAGAUCACAGGGCCCAGUUGGCGUUGGCUUUAUCCACCCAGUAAAUUGCCAGCACGUGAAUCUAAUGUCACAAUAUUUCACAGAUGCUUAUCGCCCAUGCAAAAGCUUGUUUACUUUUGUACAUAUGGAUCUGCACCGACAGAGAGGUAGUUUCUCAGGUCAUGAGAAAUAUACUUUUAAUUGUUUU